AUGGGUGUUCCGAAAUUCUUCCGCUGGCUGAGCGAGCGGUAUCCCGCCAUCUCGAUGCUGAUCGCAGAGAGCCGGAUACCGGAAUUCGACAGCCUAUACCUGGAUAUGAAUGGCAUUAUUCACAACUGUACCCACAAGGACAGCGAUUCCCCAACGUUCCGCAUGACGGAGGAUCAGAUGUUUAUUGCCAUCUUCAAUUAUAUCGAGCAUUUGUUUGGAAAGAUUAAGCCCCAGAAGCUUUUUUUCAUGGCCGUGGAUGGUGUGGCGCCACGCGCCAAGAUGAAUCAACAACGAGCACGCCGAUUCCGCACGGCGUUGGACGCGGAAAAUGCCAAGGAGAAGGCAAUCGCGCAAGGAGUGGAGAUGCCAACAGAGGACGCAUUCGACAGCAACUGUAUUACUCCCGGUACCGAGUUUAUGGCAAAACUCACGCAGCAGUUGAAAUAUUUCAUCAACAAGAAGAUCUCUGAGGACACAGACUGGCAGGGUGUCGAAGUCGUGCUCUCGGGCCAUGAGGUCCCGGGAGAGGGAGAACACAAGAUCAUGGAGUACAUCCGGCGCGCGAAAGCGCAGCCCGAUUACCAUCCGAAUGUCCGCCACUGUUUGUAUGGCCUGGAUGCUGAUCUGAUCAUGCUGGGCCUUCUCAGCCAUGACCCCCACUUUUGCCUUCUCCGAGAAGAAGUGACUUUUGGUCGCCAAGUAUCGAAGAAACCCAAGGAGCUGGAACAUCAGAACUUCUAUCUUUUGCACCUGAGCAUGGUUCGGGAGUACUUGGAAUUGGAGUUUCAAGAACUAGAGGAGGAAGGCGCUCUGGACUUCCCGUUUAACAUGGAGCGUGUGAUCGAUGAUUUCAUUCUCAUGGCAUUUUUUGUUGGAAACGAUUUCCUUCCCAAUCUGCCGAAUCUACACAUCAACGAGGGCGCUCUUGCUCUCAUGUUCAAGAUAUACAAAGAGGUGCUGCCGAAGAUGGGCGGAUAUAUCAAUGAGCAUGGUGUGAUCAACGUGCAGCGCCUGGGCACGCUUGUGGAGGCCUUGAGUGACGUGGAACACCGAUUUUUCGAGGCUGAAAAUUCCGAUGCCCAAUGGAUCAAGGCCAAGAAGAACGGAAGUGACGGCACACUCGAAGCGCAGAAGAACCCAAAGAGUCUCACAAUUACCCCGGCGCAGAAAGAACUUUUGAAGCAAAUCAAGAAGUACGUCUUGAACCGACCUGAAAAGGGCUCAGAAGCCAAGUCCUUGGACUUCCCACCCACACUGCCAGCUCGGGAUCGCAGUUUCAUCGAAACGCUUGCGGAUGAGCUUCGGGUACCUUGGUCAACAACGGAGAAUGAGAAUGGGGACCGGUUCAUGAGACUCCAGCUUCCUCAGCCCGAAGAUGAUGACGAUUCCGAAGAAGACGAUGAAGAAGCGUCCAUGGCAGUCCAGCGUAUCAUUCGAAAGUAUGAGAAAGCGAAGAUCCUGGAUAUGACUUCCGAGGAAGCACAGCAGGCCGCGGAGAAGAAGUAUGAGGCCAAAUUCGAAGAGUGGAAAGACAAUUAUUACCGCACUAAGUUUGGAUGGGGCCUCGAUAACCACGAAGAAAUGAAGAAACUGACCGAGAACUACGUGCAAGGUCUGCAGUGGGUCUUGUUCUAUUACUACCAAGGCAUUGCUUCAUGGCCCUGGUUCUUCAAAUACCACUACGCACCCAUGAUCUCUGAUGUGAAGAAGGGUCUCGGCGCGGACAUGAACUUCCAACUGGGACAACCCUUCCGACCUUAUGAACAGCUCAUGGGCGUCUUGCCGGAUCGCAGCAAGACGAUUGUGCCCCGCGCGUACCGGGACCUGAUGACUUCGCCCGAGUCUCCUAUCAUUGAUUUCUACCCUCGUGAUUUCGAAUUGGACAUGAACGGGAAAAAGAUGGAGUGGGAAGCGGUCGUCAAAAUCCCCUUUAUUGAUGAAAAGCGACUGCUGGGCGCUCUAAGGACGAGAGACAGUCUCCUGACGCCGGACGAGAAGGCCAGAAACGACUUUGGUGCUAGCCUCAAGUUCACCUUUUCACCGGAUGUGAACUAUAUCUAUCCCUCUUCUAUGCCUGGUGUGUUCCCGGACCUUCCGAACUGCCAUUGCAUUGAAAAUAUUUUCGACCUCCCAACUAUGGAUGGACUGGAACCGUACUCUGGAUUGAUGGACGGCGUGCAUUUGGGCGAGGCCGCGCUGGCCGGCUUCCCCAGUCUCAAGACCUUGCCGCAUUACGGCCAAUUGGGUUUCCACGGUGUCUGUGUCUUCCAACAGGAGAGUCGCAACGAAAGCCAGGUCAUCACUCUCAUCGACCCCGCGAGCCGGUCGAGCGUUGAGUUGGCCAAGACGAAGCUUGGGAAACGAGUCCAUGUAGGAUAUCCAUUCCUACAAGAAGCUCUGGUGAUUCGAGUGUCGGAUGAGCUUUUUGACUACAUCCUUCCCCCUGGGGAACAACACCCGGUUUCCAUCCCCCACACCCCUCAGCAGAUCGAACAGUUCAAGAAGAAGGCCGAUAAGAUCGAAGGCACUUACAGCAGGCGUCUCGGCAUGAUCAUCGGAGAGGUCGAGGCCAUGGUGCAUAUUCAGCUGCUCAAGGGCAUGAUCAAGACCGAAGAGGGCGCCACCAUCAAGGAAUUCGCUGAUAUCCCUGGACAAGAAACCGACUAUGCUCUUCAGGUGGUCGUUGAUGAAGUAAUCAACCCGGACGAGCGGUUUAUCGAGCGAGAGGCUUUACCUAUCGAGGAAGAAUUCCCCGAAGGCUCUCGUGCCUUUUUCUUGGGAGACUUCAACUACGGCAGACCAGUGCACGUCACCGGCUACGAUGAUGGCAAGGUUAAUGGUUUGAUUGCGGCUGUGAAAGGUCGCGAGCCCGAGUUUGCCAAGGAGCGUGUGAACCAGGCUGAGAACUAUUUCCCAUACAUGCCCUCAUAUGCUGUUGCACGCAGCCUCCGUCUGAAUGCCCUGGUUCUUGCAAAGAUUACUUCCUCCUUCACUGUGGAGAUCGAAGGCCAGCGCGUGAAUCUGGGGCUCAACCUCAAGUUCGAGGCACGGAAACAGAAAGUCCUGGGAUACUCUCGUCGCGGGGAUUCCGGUUGGGAAUUCAGCCAGAAAGCCGUGGAACUGAUCCAACAAUACAUGAUCAAAUUCCCCGAGUUUAUCGCUGGAAUCCAGCGCAACCCUCAAGGCGACAAGUUCCGCCCAACCGAUUUCUACCCGGAGGAUGUGGCCAUGUUGAAGAUUAAAGAGAUUCGCGACUGGCUCAAGUCGAUUGAGGCGAAGAACUUUGAGCGCGUGCCACUGGAUGCUGAACAGCUUGAUUCCGAUGUGGUCAUGUUGAUCGAGCAGGACGCUGACCGCCUUAUUCAAUCGCAGCCGCAGAUGCAGCCGAAGAAGGUUCGUGGCGUCCCUCGCAGCGCUCUUCUCCGGCCUGCCGAUGUCGAGCACCGCCUGGGCAACCAGACCUUCAAGCUUGGUGAUCGGGUGGUGUAUGCUCAGGAUUCCGGCAAGGUGCCCAUCGCCACACGUGGUACUGUGGUUGGCCUGACGAGAACCCCGCGAACGCUCUUGCUCGACGUUGUUUUCGACGUCUCUUUCAUGAGCGGCACAACGCUGGGAGAUCGCUGCUCCCCGUUCCGCGGACAAACUGUCCUGGCGUCGUCUGUUCUGAACAUCUCCCACCGACAACUCCUCGCUACUUCUCGCGCAGCGACUAGCCAGCAGACCCGCACACAAGCCACUCCUUUGACAGUCGCCGGAUACGGUACGCCUCUGGGACCGAACGGCCAGGGCCAGCUGAAAAAUGCAUCGGCACCUCCUCCGCUGCGAGGUUCUUUCCGAGGCGCUGUAUCGGGACAGACCAAUGGGUCCGGCCGUGGAGGUCGCGGCGGCAUCAACGGCAACCUGCCUUUCCGUGACGGACCCCUGCGUGGUCCUCGCGGCCGUGGCGGUGCCAACGGGUAUCGUGGCCGUGGCGGCUAUGUUACUGUUGAGAACACUGACCCGACUGAGGGCAUUGUCCAGAAUAACCCCAACUUCCGCCCGCAGAACUACACCCAGGUCCCGCCGCCACAGGGCAUGGAGCAACGACGCGGACGGGGCCGUGGCCGUGGGAAUGGAUAUCGCGGGAGAGGACGUGGCCGUGGUGGAGCUGUGCAGACAGCUGAGUGA